AUGACGGGCUCAAAAAGUACGUGGCCAAGAUGGCGGCGGAGGUGGUCGAAAUUCUGAAGAAAUGUAGCAACAAAAUAACGACUGCUAGUACCAAAGAGAGGAAGCAUGUUUGCGAAGAACUUCUAGUGCCUUGCAUCCAAAGAGAGGGGUUUUCUGAAGCUGCAGUAAAAGCAGUGAUCAAGUUACUUUAUCUGACUCAGCAUCGUUACAGAGAUAACAAAUCAAGAAAAUCAGUUGAGGAAGUUCUUAGAGUGCUUGCAGAAAAGCAAGGUGCAAAUGCUGUGAAAUACUUUUGCAUAGCAUUUUCAAAUGUAGAAAAACAAAUCAUCUCUUCCUUUCCCAGUUAUGUGACCAGUGGCUCCAAUCUUGUUCUCCUGUGCUGGUCAUGCAUCCUGGUACGUCAUGUUUACACCAACACUGACCUGUGUAAUGAUGCACAGUGGAUUAGACUGGUUGAAGUGCAAUGUCUAGCUCUACAUGGAGUUCUCUCAGCAGGAAAAGCUUGUGUAUGUCAAGCUGCUAGGAAGAAAUUACACAGAGUAUGGAGAGAGGUUCCAGGAAUUGCAUCCAAGUAUGCAGAAGCCAUCAGCAAGAUGGAGGCAUGUCAGGAACACGGCUGCUUAACUGGAUAUCUAUUCAAUUUCUGUACAAAGAACAAAGACAUUGAAACAAUAAAUAAAUUUAAGAAGCCAUUGCUUGAAAUGUAUGUGAAGGCUGUGAUUAAUAGCAAGACAGCACCUGCCAAUCAUGUCCUGGUAAACAUUGGUUCUUUGUUGUGUCAUGUGACCCACGAUGACUUCAACAGUUUAAUCUUACCUGCUGUGCAGAAAUCUCUCCUACGAAACCCUGAAGUUGUUCUUGAAUGUGCCGCGUAUUUGAUUUCUUCAGUCUCAAUUGAUUUAUCCAAGUAUGCCUUGGAUAUCUGCAAGAAUGUUGUUGGUCAGUUACGUGCCAAAGAAGAUCUACACAGACAGGCAGCGACAUUAAUCCUUAAGAACCUUGCACAUCAGUGUAGUGAUCCAGGGGCAUUGGAGGAACUCAUCAACUUCUUGUUUGUUGUUCUUAAUGGUUCUGAAGGUAAACUGACACAGUGGAAUGAUAGAGUUGGUGUACUUCAAGGGAUCAGAAGUUUAGAACACCACUCAGUCAGUGGAAGCUCAUCUGUGCAGAGACUCAGUGAACUUGUUACAGAGAAAAUGGUGAAAUAUAUACAGCAAGAAGUGCAUGAAGGAGCUCUUGUCCAGGGCUUGUUGGUGUUGAGUCACUGGUGUACACACUUCUCAACUCAAGUUCCUAAGUUGCUGGUGGAUGCAUUUAAGAAAGGAAUGGCCAACAAGAACUCAACAUCAGCAGUUAGGGCUGGAUACUUGCAGUGCAUGACUGGUGCCUUUCAAGGUAACACUCUUCUCCAAGGAAUGGAUAUUUUAACACAACUGCUGCAGACUAUUGAGAAAGCCAGUAAUCAACCAAAUCAGGCUGCCAUAGUAACUGAGGGACUUCUAGCUGCUUCUGUUCUUGUCAGAUUGUCACUGGCUGAUGUGCAAGCAGAAUCCAGACUUGGUUCAUUUUGGACAGCUCUCCUUGAUACAAAGAAACAACUAUUUGUUUCAGAAAAGUUUUUAAAUUUGGCAUCUGAGGAAGCUCUUCUCUCUUUGGUGUCUGUCAUAGAGAAGCUUUUCUUAAGCCAUGGACAGAGACUAAACAAAUCUAACAGCCAACCUUGGUACAGAGCUUUGGUGUUUCUACUGACUAAUUCAAGUUGGAAGGUCAGGCACAGUACACAAUCAUGCAUCCAACAUUUGUUCAACAGUUUAGGGGAGAGUGCAGUUGAACUGCAAUCUUCAAUGCUGGCUGAGUUUUCAAAGCUUCUAGCACAACAGAAGCAUCAUGUUGCAGAUAGUUCCCUUCCAGUUGUUAAUGGAGAUGUGCCACAGGCUAGCUUGCCUAAUGAAGCCAGAAGAACUAACAUAAGUCACAGGAUACUUGUGUCUACUCUUCGUUGCCUAUUCCUGUCCCUUGUGAAGGGUAAUCCAGACCUGUCUACCAACACAAAAGACAAGAUUGCAUUACAAGUUCUUCUAGAUGCACACCAUCCUGCUGUCUUUACAUUGAAGGACAAUUUAUGGGUCAGCAUUACACACAGCUUGGGGAUUGAGAUAAACAGCUUUGUUGAUCGUCAUCAAGACUCCAUCAUUGAUAUGAUUGUCUCUGGAAAUACAUUCCAAGAGUCUUCACAGAAUGCUCUCCACACCAUGGCAAAACUUGCACCAAAAGUCAUUCUACCCAGACUCAUAAAGCACGGUGUCAUUUGUUUAUCCAAACCAGCAUUUUUACAAGUCACAGUUGAAGAGUACGCCAUUAUGUAUACACCUGAAGGAGAGAUCUACAACACCAGUGUUCUAGAAAGCGCCCGGGAAGCAGAGGCAGGAAAAUGUAAGAACAUGAAGAAAGAGUCCAAGGCAUACUCCUAUGAAGACCAAAUCUGGGAAAUGGAAUUACGUGAGUCAUUAAAAAAGAAGAAGCUAGCUGAAGGAAAACUGUCAGAAAAAGACAAGAUGAGCCAAAAGGAAAAAGAAAUUUUUGAAGCUCAGUUGAUGAAGGAAGCAGAAAUCAGAGACAGAUUAAAAGAGCUUCACAGUGAGGUUGUCCAAGUAGGGUCAUUACUGGAGACAGCUAUAACAGCAAACCCAAAAGCUAUGCGUUUUUACGUACCUACCAUCCUACCCACCCUGUUGCCAUUACUGCAGUCCCCCCUGACAGCCCCUGUCGUGAUGCCAGUAUUUCUAAAGCUUGGUAAAAGUGCAUUCAAGGAACAAAAACGUCUUGCUGAGGUUGUUGGAUAUGUAACACUGAGACUUUUAAAACCCAUGUGCUGCAUUGAGCCAGGAUGGUGUGAAGAAGAUCUGUUAUCAGCGACCAAGCGAGUCAUUUCCAUCAUCCACUCCCAGACAGUACCUGUGAAUGUUCUUGGAACAACUUCAUCAGAAUCCUUGACUGAGCUAAUGUCUGCUCCAGCAUUUGCCUUCUGUUUUCCUCUGCUGAGAUGUGUGCUAAGAGAAGGUGGCAAAGCUGUGAAGGGAGAUGAAGAUCUUCGACAGGAAGUUCUACAAGUUGUUUCUGAACACUGUAAACUACGAGCACAUGGCAAUGAAGACAAGGAGGACGAGCAGAAAGAGACUGACCCUAGUUUGUUGCCAAGACAAGAGAUGCUGUCCUUGUUAGCUGAAAUUAUUUCCACAAGUGCAGACACCAUCAAGGGCUCGAGACUACAGCAACUUGCAUCUCUUAGUCUGGUUGAACUGUGCAAAGCGUCCAGUGGUGGAGACGGUUGUGCUACAGCACUACCAGCUGAGAUUUCAGUAUUGCUGAAAGCCCUGGAGUCUCCCGCAGCUUCUCUUAGAUUUGUGGCCUUGCAAGGGCUUCUGGUCAUUACAGACCUGCUGUCUGCAGGGGAUCAUGGGACAGCACAGACUGCCAAGCUUAUUAGACGACUGUGGGUGGCAAAGUUUGAUGAUGAUGAAGAAAAUGCUAAAGUGGGAGAGAGGUUAUGGCAGGAAGUAGGUUACAUUGUUCCUGAACCGUUAUGCAGUGCACUCUUGGAGGACGUUGUACAUGACGUAGAAGUUAUCAGAAAGGCCGCUGCUCCAGCGCUUGCAGGAGCAGUUACUGAACACCCGGAUGUUGCACCAUCCAUUUUACAGCAGUUAGUCGAUCUGUAUGAUGUCAAACUCAAGCUUCCUCCACCAGUAGUGGACAAGCUAGGGCGAGUGGUGCCAAGUGACAUAUCUGACCCAUGGUGUGCGAGGUGUGGGAUAGCACUGGCUCUAGGAGAGUUAUCGCCCACUCUAUCUGAAGAGGAGGUCCCUCCAUUGUUUGUCUUUUUUGUGCCAACUGGUCUCGGAGAUCACAAUCUAGAAGUCAGGAAACACAUGUUGAAUGCGGCACUGAAGGCAGUGAAUGACCAUGGAAAGGCCAACAUAACGCUUCUUUUACCAGUGUUUGAGCAAUUCUUGGACAUGGCUCCAGACACUUCUGCGCAUGACACGAUCCGUCAAUCAGUGAUCAUUUUGAUGGGUUGUUUAGCGCGGCAUUUGGACAAGGAUGACCCAAAGGUCAGACCAAUCGUUGGAAAACUCUUGAACGCUCUAUCAACACCGUCACAGCAGGUUCAAGAAGCUGUAGCAAAUUGUCUUCCUCCUCUUGUACCAGCAAUCAAAUCAGAAGCUCCAGAAAUGGUGAAGAAUCUCUUGAAUCAGCUCCUUGAGUCCACUGUGUACGGUGAGAGGAAGGGUGCAGCAUAUGGACUGGCAGGACUGGUGAAGGGUUUGGGAAUUCUGUAUCUUAAACAACUCAAUAUCAUGUCUACUCUGCAGGAAGCUAUACAAGAUAAAAAGAACUACCGACACAGGGAGGGAGCAUUGUUUGCUUAUGAGAUGCUCUGUUCCAUGUUGGGUCGUUUGUUUGAACCGUAUGUGGUACACGUUCUUCCCAACCUUCUGCUGUGCUUCGGUGAUGGAAACCAAUACGUUAGAGAGGCCACUGAUGAUACUGCCCGUGCAGUAAUGAAGAAUCUCAGUGCUCAUGGAGUCAAGCUUGUUUUACCAUCAUUGUUGGCUGCGCUGGAAGAAGAUUCUUGGAGAACUAAAACUGGCAGUGUUGAACUGCUUGGUGCCAUGGCAUUUUGUGCUCCAAAGCAGUUAUCGUCGUGUCUUCCCAGUAUUGUGCCUCGCUUGUGUGAAGUGCUCACAGACUCUCACAUGAAAGUUCAGAAUGCUGGUGCCCAGUCCCUGAAACAAAUUGGCUCUGUCAUCAGGAAUCCAGAGAUCUUAGCUAUUUCGUCUGUGCUCCUUGAAGCCCUGAUGGAUCCUUCAACUAAGACUGCUCCUUGUUUACAAGUUCUUUUACAAACUUCUUUUGUUCACUUCAUUGAUGCGCCUUCGCUUGCUCUAAUCAUGCCCGUCCUGCAACGUGCGCUCAGCGAACGUUCAACGGAAACAAAGAAAAUGGCGGCUCAGAUUAUUGGCAAUAUGUAUUCUCUAACGGACAAAAAGGAUCUUGCUCCUUAUUUGGGAGCAGUUGUUCCAGGAUUGAAACAAGCUUUACUUGAUCCUGUACCAGAGGUCCGUGCAGUUUCUUCCCGCGCCCUCGGUGCUAUGGUCCGCGGUAUGGGUGAGGAGAGUUUUGAGGAUCUGUUACCUUGGCUGAUGGAGACUCUGACGUCAGAAAACAGCAGUGUAGAUAGAUCAGGAGCAGCUCAAGGUCUAGGGGAAGUUCUGUGUGCCCUGGGUACUAGCAAACUAGAAAAGCUGAUGCCGGAAGUGAUCUCCACAACAGAGCGUACUGAGCUUGCGCCGCACGUGAGGGAAGGGUACCUCAUGUUAUACAUCUAUCUACCGUCUACAUUCAAAGAUGACUUCAUUCCAUUUGUAGGACCUGUCAUACCCUCAGUACUUAAGGGUCUCGCGGAUGAGUCUGAAUACGUUCGAGACACCUCACUCAAGGCUGGACAGCGUAUUGUGAACUUGUACGCCGACACCGCCAUUGAAUUGUUCCUGCCUCAGUUAGAGAAAGGAUUGUUUGAUGAUAAUUGGAGAAUACGACACAGUUCUGUUCAGUUACUGGGUGAUCUGUUGUACAAGAUAUCCGGUGUGACUGGCAAAAUGACCACCGAGGGACAAGAAGACGAUAACUUUGGAACUAGUCAGUCCAAUCAGGCCAUUAUUCAAUCCCUUGGUUCUGAGCGUCGUAAUCGUGUUCUAGCUGGGCUCUACAUGGGCCGUUCUGAUGUAUCCCUCAUGGUGCGCCAAGCGGCCUUGCACGUAUGGAAGGUUGUGGUCCCUAACACACCACGCAUCCUGAGAGAGAUCCUUCCCACUCUGUUCUCUCUCUUGCUGGGAUGUUUAGCUAGUACUAGCUUUGACAAGAGACAAGUGGCAGCUCGUACACUUGGUGACCUUGUUCGUAAACUGGGCGAGAGAGUGUUGCCUGAGAUCAUACCAAUCUUGGAGCGAGGCCUGGACAGUGAAAAAAGUGAUGAAAGGCAAGGAGUUUGUAUUGGACUCAGCGAGAUCGUCUCUUCAACCAGCAAGGAACAGGUUGUGCAGUAUGUAGAUUCACUCGUGCCCACUGUCCGUCGAGCAUUGAUUGAUCCACUGCCUGAAGUCCGAGUAGCUGCUGCCAAGACAUUUGAUCAGCUUCAUAACACCAUCGGAACUAAAGCUUUGGAUGACAUUUUGCCAGACCUGCUCAAGAAAAUGGAUGAGCCGUCCCUGUCUGAGUAUGCACUGGAUGGCCUCCGUCAAGUAAUGGCUGUGAAGAGUAGAGUGGUGUUGCCAUUCCUUGUACCUCAGCUCAUCACUCCUCCUGUCAACACCCGUGCGUUGGCCAUAUUGUCUGCAGUAGCAGGUGAUUCUCUGACCCGUCAUCUGAGUAAGAUUUUACCAGCAAUGCUGAAGGCGAUACAAGGCUGUUUUGGCACGGAGCACGAGGAAGAGGAACUGGAAGGCGCGUCCAGUUUAGUGUUGUCUGUUGAAGAUGAUGUGGGCAUCAGGACCAUUAUGGAUGAACUCAUGGCAGCCUCUAAAGAUCCAGUGCCUGGCAUGAGAAGGGCCUCAGUGUCUCUCUUGCACACCUUCUGUCAGGAGACUAAAGCAGACUAUUCCCAGUUCAUCCCUGCCCUGUUUCGUGGUAUUAUUCACUUGAUGAAUGAUUCUGAUGAACUGGUGGUGGACAUGAGCUGGAACGCUUUGAAUGCUGUAACCAAGCGUUUGGACGCCGCUGAACAGUUGCAGUACAUAAGCCACUUGCGGCAAGCCGUCAGAUAUGUCUCAGAUGAUGUCAAGGAUGGAGAUCUGCCAGGAUUUUGUCUUCCUAAAAAGGGUAUCGCUCCUAUUCUACCAAUAUUCCGAGAAGGAAUUCUUAAUGGCACACCCGAGUUAAAGGAGCAAGCUGCCAAGGGUUUGGGAGAGGUCAUUAGCCUUACAAGUGCUGCAGCCCUGAGACCUUUUGUGGUGAACAUCACCGGGCCCCUGAUUCGUAUCCUUGGAGACCGUUUCACAUGGAACGUCAAAGUAGCGGUACUGCAGACACUGGGGUUAUUGUUAGGCAAGGUUGGCGCCAUGUUAAAACCUUUCCUUCCGCAACUUCAAACCACUUUUAUCAAGGCGCUAAACGAUCCCAACCGAGAAGUGCGCAUGUGCGCAGCCAAGGCGCUUCAGAAGCUGAUUAAACUUCACACUCGGGUGGAUCCUUUGUUUACUGAACUGCACAAUGGAGUCAAGAACACUGAAGACACCACCAUAAGAGAGACACUGCUGCAGGCCUUACGGGGUGUGAUCGCCGGCGCAGGACAGAAGAUGGGUGACCCAAUAAGAAAAACUCUCACCAGUACAUUACUGGAUUUACUGGGACAUGCUGAUGAUAAUAUCCGCGUGGCAGCAGGCGGGUGUGUUGGAUCAUUAGCUAUCAUUGUUCCAGACAAUGAACUCAACUCUAUCAUCAGCGAACAUCUAAUAGUCAAUGACCCUACUGUAGAUUGGACUGUACGACACGGCCACGCUAUUGCACUGUCAGCGGUAUUACACGACGCUGUCGAGAGAGUAAUGUCUCAGGAUCUCUAUGAUGACGUCACUAACGCAGCUGUAGCACACGCCACAACAGAUAGGAUUCCCAUCUGUAGCUAUGGCGUGAGGUCUCUUGGCUUCAUUGUCGCUCACUCGGUAGUUCAGUGUGAUUCACCGUCAGCUCAGGUCCUACAAACACUUCUUAAGGUGUUACAAGACGAUUCAAACGACGUAAAAACGAUCGCGGCAGCAUCUCUUAAACACGUUGCACGCGUAUACCCAGCGCCUUUAGACAGCUCGCUGCUUAAAGUCAUAGUCCCUGCUCUGAUCGCUACUACCAAGGAAAAGAACACUACAGUCAAAUCUGCUGCUGAAUCAGCGCUUUUGUAUGUGUUGCGUUUACGAGAUGGCGAGUCCACGCUUCAGUCAUGUUGCCGUAUUUUUGAUGCCAGCACUGCGGAGAGUAUACAGGAUCUUUGUCGCAGAUCUUUACGUCGCUUAGCAACACAAGAGGAAGAGCAGGAUGAGUUAGAGACUUGUUUCUCGCCUGUGGACCAAGGAUGACAGUUGCUGAUGGAGCACUGGGGCUAGCACAACAGCCAGUCGGAGCACUACUUGAGUGACUCAUUACCAGAUUCUUCUCUCUGAUCCCACAAGAGAGACCCUGGCCCACUUGAAUAAAGAACACUUUAAAAUUGUUGCGAGAUGACAAUGAGCUGAAAUUUAAACCAGAAAUAAAUGUUUUUACUUUUACGUCCUGUUUUAUCGUUGAACUUUUGCCUGUAUCCUGUUACCCAUCCUAGAGUUUUUAUGACUUUCAGUUGACAUGACAAACAAUCUUGUCAACUGCUAGAUAAGUUCUUUUUUCUUCUACAAAGACGUUGCCAAUUAAAACUGCUGUUUAUUCA